AUGCAUGUCUUCCUCAACGUUAUCGGACUGGCAAUCGAUUCGCGAGAAUGUCGAGUCAAAGCGGUCGCGAGCAUGCUCGUUGCCGUUGAAAGCAAGGUCGAGGAACUAGCGACACGUUCCGAGAAUGAGAUUUUUGAGCUGCAUUCCCAAACAAGCAAUUUGCAAACCAGAAACAGCGAGCUCGAGGUUGAAGUAAAGCGACUACAGAAUGAUAACGCAGAGCUCAAGAGGAUAGUGGUGGUACAAACGUCUGAGAUGGAGACCGUAGUGCAGGCGCGCGAUGAUGCACUCAAGAAGUUGAGGCGUGUGAGACGGGUAGCCAGGGACCUCAUGGAUGAGAAGAAGGUGAGCUUCGAGUUUAACGGCGGUGUAGACUUAAGAGGACAUAAACAGGGCUGGACUCAGUUAGAGUCGCCGCUCAUUAGAAGGAGGGCCUCUGGCUCUAUGAGCGAGAGUCAGGAGAAUUCAUCAGCUGCAGAAGAGUUCUACGACGCGACUUCUAGGCUAUCCUUAUCGACGUCCAGUUCGUCGUCGCGUCCUGCAUCGUCAGGGAGUGAUAGAACUGCUCGCCCCAUCGCUGACAAGGAGCCCGCAGUACCAGCCGCAGCACCAGUAGCCCAAAGUAAUGCUACUACGCGCCAACUGCCUCAGAAGGCGUCGACGGCCUGUGCAGAGCUUAUUCGAGCGAAAUGGAACUCAAAAAGUGAACCUCUUAUCCCGAAGGGUGCGCCAGUGACGAAACCAGUAUCCCGUACUGUACCAUCAACGCGAGCUACCUCGCCAGUGCCUGGGCCGGGAAACAACAAAGCGAGCAUAUCAGGGAGUAACGUGCCGACGCGCCCUGCGUCUCCGGUACAACCGACCGCAUCUACUGCCUUGACUCGCAACUCGUCGACCAGGAGCAUGCGACAACAGAAUAUUCUACGAGUUCAGAUACUUCAAGGGCAGAAAUGGAAGUUAAAUACCAAUAAACCUCCUCAUCUCCCAAUGAUCAAGGAGGCGCUCCAAAGCGUGGAAGAUCCCUAUCACUUAGUUGGACUUUAUGAAGACGAAUGUGAAACGAUUGAAAGGCUUGCGCAUGAGCCGACUGGGCUCCGGAUCCAUUUCUUAUGGGAGAAGUCUUGCGCUUUCAUGAUUGAUCCGUUAUUCUUCGAGAUGUUAGCUCCUGCACCGGUUGAAAGCUAUCUUGUUGAUUGGGCUCCAAAGACCACGACAAGCAACGGGCGCAUCAGCAAAGCCGUUACUCGCCGUACGAAGGACGAUGGUACAUCGCCGGCGUUACAUGUCUUCAGUUAUGUUUCGAGCCAGGAUGAGGGUGUGUGGUACUAUUUAGGGGCACAUUCUUUCCACGUCGCCAAGUUUGUUCAGCCUCUUUGGGAAACACUAGCUGAGGCGUCGCAGGCGCUCGUUAUCGAGCAGAUUCAAGCUCGCAUAGAGUCGGUUGACGACGAUGACACGAAGGCACGGCUUGCAAGUGGAGAGUGGCCCGCGUUCUGCCUCAAGAUGGAGAACAAUAACGAGGAGCAUGCGGAGAUGACUUAUAACAUGCUUGGACUGGGUCCACUUUCCUUCACCACCUUCCCGAUGUCGCAGUUCCGGGGCACGUCCUCGACGCCAGUUCGCCUCAUCCCAGCGAUAUUGAUUCUAGUGCAAUUAGCUGGUGCUGCUUGGAUCCCAGAAUCCCCUGCUGGUGUGUCGUACAGCUCACAACGAAUACGACGAGGGGGGCUCCGAGGAGAGUCGAGAGCGAGAAUAUGGCCGCGACAGAAUCCGACUGGCUCCUCAUCGGCGGGUCCUUCAAGUAGCCAGUCAAUCACUCUUUCCUCGAGCAUCUCCCCUUCGCCGUCGAAUUUUGCUGCGGCUGCUCCUGUUGCACCCACUGAAACAGAGUCUUCACGGUCAUCAAGUGUCGCGGUGACUUCUACUUCUACGAUCUUGUCUGAGACAACUUCGUCUUCGGUGCCUCCUACAACUACCCGUACGACGUCCACGACAUCGACGUCUACUACCCCUACCACGUCGGCGAGAUCGACUUCGAUUUCCUCCACAGUGCCAUCUUUGAGGACUACGCGAUCAUCAAGCAGUUCGACGGACUCGUCGACUCCAUCGCCAAUAUCCACUGAUUCCGAGUCCGCCCCAGUGACUACAUUCGUUGCCAAUGGGCAGGGUCUACUCUCUACCAUCCGAAUUUUACCAACAUCGUCGUUACCUCCCAACGCGGCCAAUACCUUCGCACCUUCAGCAACAGCCAGUGCAUCAAGUGCGACUUCUGAUUCGUUCUGGAACAACAAAGGCGCUGUCGCUGGUAUUUUCACUGCUGGCGGCCUUGCUGUAUUGGCUCUCAUGGCCCUUGUUGGCAAUUACAUCCGGCGCUACUAUGCCAGGAAGGCAGAGGAUGAUAUUCUGCGUGGGUUUCAAGACGGGGCCUCUGACUCGCCUCGCUACAUUGACGACUCGCCUACGCCAAGUAUGGCAGAGAUCACAACCCCUGCCCCAGCUGGUUCAUAUCCUGAUCGCAACGUAUUCAAUGAUCCUGCCCCGCAACCUCAGUAUCCGCAGCCUCAGUAUCCCAGUCUUGCUUUAACGCCUGACUAUCCCCCCGGAACGCAGUACCAACCAUACGGCGCACCCACUCCCGAGAUCUCAUACGGGAUGGCCAUGUCAGAUGAUGAAGAAUAUCGUGCCGUCCAGUCCGCCUCAGCGCAGGGGUCACCUGCAUUAACCAGUGCUUCAUCAUACUCAUCUUACUCAUCUGCCAAUCCUUUUGCAAGUCCCGUCGCCGCUCCCGUCCCUUCACUACGUCUCCCCCACUCCGACAGUUAUCAAAGACCGAUCUCUUACGAUUCAUUCUACGCAAACUCGCCAAGAGUGUAA